AUGAUGACAUCCAAUACAACAAUCCCUGGAUUAGCAUUUUAUGAUUCGCUUGUGAAUAAUGAUAUAACCGAGUCAAAACGGUUGGUGGAAAUACACAAAAUUGACUUGAAUGCACGAUUAAGUCAUGUUCGUAAACGAAAUCACACUGAUCUAUGCCCUGUCCAUCUGGUUGCAUAUAAAGGCAAUUUAGCUAUGCUACACUAUUUAAUACAGAAUGGUGUGAAUGUUCAUCAACCCACUUGUACGCUACAACGUUGUCCAGUUCAUUAUGCUGCAUUACGUCAACAGGUGUCAUGUCUACAAAUGUUGUUGAAUGCUGGAGCUCAGAUUGAUGCUCGUGAUACAUUUGGCAAUACUCCGUUACAUUAUGCAGCUGAAGAUGGAGAUGGUGGACUGCUAAGUCUCCUGUUGAACAAUGGAGCUUGUGUUGAUGCUCAGGAUAUUACCAAUAAAACUCCAUUAAUGAAAGCUGCACGUAGUGGUAAAGUAUGGGCAGUUCGAAGACUUUUAUUAUUUGGAGCUAAUGUCAAUGUGAAAGAUCGUAAUGAUGAGACCGCUUUACACUUUGCCUGUCGACAAGGCUCAACAGAAAUCACGCGAAUGCUUAUCAAGGCUGAAUCACGUUUAAAUGCACAAAAUCAAAUUGGUUUAACCCCACUAAUGGAGUCUGUAUCGUAUAAUCAACGUGAAGCUGUCAGCCUACUCAUAAAACAACGUGAUAUCGAUUUGUAUAAAAGAGAUUUUUGUACAGGUGAUACAGCAUUACAUAUCGCUGUGAAAAAAAAUUAUAUCCAUAUUGUAGAAAUAUUAUUACGUGCAGGAAAUUGGUAUAUUGAAUACAAUUACAAUAAUUUGGGUGAAUCAUUUGUACAUGAUGUGAUCGCUUAUAAUCGACUAGAAUUGUUACGUUUAUUCUUAGCGUAUAAUUAUGAUUUGGAUAGACCAGCAAAACGUCUUCCACCCAACAUUCACUUGUUAGCCUCAUCAUCCUCAAGUAAUCUAAAUAGUAGUGUAAAACCUCAGCACAGUAUAAUCACACCAACAUCCUCUGUACACUCAGAAACCAAUCCACGAACAAUACAAUCACCACCUCAAGUUAAUUUAUUUGAAAAAUCUCCCUUUCAAAUGGCACUAGAACGUGGUCAUCUUGAUAUGGCAAGAAUAUUAGCUGAAGUGGGUUGUUUUUGUACACGAUUGCCUAUCAGUUCAACAACGUCAAUAGCAUCUGUUUGUACAAAUUCAUCACAAAGUAAUAAUUCAGAGACAAAUCAAUCAACAAUCACUCCUUUGUUGAGAUCUUCCCACGCACACCAGUUGAAUCCUUUAACACGUCGUUACAAUGGCCUCCUGGAAGUGAAAUCCUUACAGAAAUGGUGUCGUAAAGUAAUCCGACAUAGACUUGGUUUUCGUCUAAUUGAAGCGUUGCCUCAUUUGCCUAUACCAGUCCCCCUGAAAGAUUUUCUCCUAUUACGUGAUUUAGAUUGGUCAGUUUAUCUAACCAAUAGUAGAAGUUCAACAACAGUCAAUUCAGGGGAAUUAGCUAUUAUAGUACCACCGUGA